AUGGGGACAGCAAAGGGAGUGCAACCUCCCUAUUUGGCUAUCAUCCUCCCUCUCUCCUCUUUUCUCCUUCUGUUCAGACAUCCACUGCCACCUGACAUGUCCCUUUGCCCAUCAUACAACCUCAGCUGCCAAGGGGAAAACUCAACAUACCCAGAGACCAACAGCUCAAAAGCCCACCCAGCCUCAUCCCCAGUGAUGCCUAUUUUCUCCAUGACAUUGGGCACCGUUUCUAAUGUCCUGGCUUUGGCUAUCCUUGCUCGGGCCUUUAUCCGAUUCCGCCGCCGCCGUACUCGGGCCCCCUUCCUGCUCUUUGCCACAAGCUUAGUGGCCACAGACUUUGCUGGCCAUGUGAUCCCAGGGGCCCUGGUCCUGCGGCUCUAUGCCACAGAUCCGACUCCUGCCGGCCCUGCCUGCCAAUUCAUGGGGGCCUGCAUGGUCUUUUUUGGCCUGUGUCCACUAUUGCUGGGCUGUGGGAUGGCGAUUGAGCGUUGCAUAGGAGUGACCCGACCCCUGCUCCAUGCCAGCCUGGUCUCAGCUGCCCGAGCCCGCCUGGCACUCGGGGUGUUUUGGAGCAUUGCCUUAGGCAUUGCUGUCCUGCCCCUGCUGCAUGUGGGGCGCUAUGAGCCGCAGUAUCCAGGAACUUGGUGCUUCAUAGGGCUGGCCCAGCCAAGGGGAUGGGGUGAGACCAUCCUGGCAAUACUCUUCUCUGGCCUGGGUCUGGCCUCUCUAUUGGCUGCCCUGGUGUGCAACAUGUUUAGUGGACUAUCGCUAGUCCGAGCACGUUGGCGGCGGCGCCAGGGGAGUAGCCGCAGGGUGACCCGUAGCGGACGUGGUGGCUCCAUAUCCUCUUCAGCUUCAUCUUCCUUCUCCUCUUACUCCUCCCCUGCCCCACGCCGAGCUCGGGCCCAUGACGUGGAGAUGGUUGGCCAACUGGUGGGCAUCAUGGUGGUAUCCUGCAUCUGCUGGAGCCCUUUGCUGGUGCUGGUGGUGCUUGCUGUGGGAGGCUGGAGUUCAGACUACUUGAAGCACCUGCUCUUACUAGCAGUUCGUUUGGCCUCCUGGAAUCAGAUCUUGGACCCCUGGGUCUACAUCCUGCUGCGCCAAGCUGUUCUGCGCCAGCUGCUACGCCUCUUCCCGCCCUGGCAUGAAGCCAAGGGCCUGCCCAGGGGAGCCUGGGAUGCUAGCUCCUUGCGUACCUCCCAGCACAGCACCAUUGGCCGCUUCUAG